GCGGCCAGCCCCUACUUCAGGGCCAUGUUUACAAGUGACAUGGCGGAAAGUCGUCAGAAGACGGUUGUUUUACAGGGUUUAGAUGCAGGUAUGUUUGGGGAGAUCCUGAGUUACAUCUACUCGGGAACCCUCCAUGUGUCCCUGGACAAAGUGCAGCCCCUGUACCAGGCAGCCGACCUCCUCCAACUGGACUAUGUGAGAGACACCUGCAGCAGCUACAUGGCCAUGAAUGUGGAGCGCUUCACCUGUGUGGACCUGUACAAGUUUGCUGAUGUCUUCUCUGUGGACGUUGUCGGAAAAGCUUGUCAGAAGUGUAUCAAUAGAAACUUUGUUGAGAUUGCCUCCAGCAAGGAGUUCUGCAGCCUGAGUGUGAAUCAGCUGACUGAGAUCAUCAGCCAUGACGAGCUGGAUGUUAAAGUGGAGACACCAGUGUGGGAGGCUGUGGUGAGCUGGGUGCAGUACAACAGGGAGGACAGACUGCACCACCUACCCAGCAUCCUACCUCACAUCCGCUUCAACCUGCUGACCUCAGACGACACGGCAGCCAUCUUGAAACACCCCCUGGUCAGGGAGGAUCCUGGGAGUUCUGAGGUCAUCAGGAAUGUGGUGCAGAAGAGGAACCCCAACCUUAAACCGAGGCUUGGGAUGACCACAGAAAUGGCUCUCGUGUCUGGUUUAAGGGAUAAAGACAUCCUCUUCAUGAACCCUCGGGAAGGGAAGUACAUCAGCUGCAGUUACGGUGCUAAAGAAUUGCGUUAUGUCAGAGGCAUGACAGUCACCAGAGAUAACGACAUUUACAUGCUGGAUAGUGAGGUAUGGGAUUAUGGUCAGCUGUCCAUGUUAAAGUACAACCAUGCAGAAAAUGUGUGGGAACAUGCUGGUAUGUCUCCACUACAUAUAUCUUUGUUGAAUGGACCAGGAGCUCAAAAUGAUUUGAAUUGCUUCAAUAACCACCUUGUCGAAGUUGAUGGGAUUUUAUACUACAUUGCCCUGGCAACAACAAUAUUCAGCGAUGCAUUCAUGCAGAUGAAAAAGUACAACCAGAACACAGACCAGUGGCAGGAGUGUUCACAGCUGCACCCUUCUGGAUUUGAGUUCUUCAGCGCAGCAUUGGUCUGUGGUCCAAACCUGUAUUUCAUCAGGACAUGCGGGGAAAUGCACUGCUACGACCCGAGCCAGGACCGUUGGUGUAUUAAGACGCCACCAAGGAUCAUUGAUGACGUCUGUACAGCAGUAGUCAUGGGAACAGAGAUUUUCUGCACAGACUUUGUAUUCACUCAUACCAUGGUGUACGACACAGAGUCAGACAGCUGGCAGAAACUGCAAGGUUGGCGAAAUAUAGGAAACCUUGCUGUUGAUAAUAAUGAUCCCCCAACUCUGUUCGUACUGGAGAACCAGCUGCACAUAUCGAUAAAACUCUUUGACCCAGCCGUAGAAGAGGAGUCAUCAGGAGACUAUCUGCUGUACGUGUAUGACAGGCCUGCAGAUGCCUGGAGAGACUUGAAGGCCACACUACCUGACAAUACACGAAUGCCACAUGGUUUUGGGUGCCCCGUGGCACGUAUAUAUCUACCAUAUCUUAGCGCACGGAGUGAGGAUACAUAGACGAAUGAGAUUAGAUGGAAUGACUUUCAUGUCGAUUUAACCGGACUUAAUAGUAUGUUUCUAUGGAGCUAAGAGUAUAGGUGCUGAGUUCAUGAGGAGAUAGUAGUGGAUUCUAGAAAUGUGAAUAGCUCAUUAAGUAAAAUAGCGUAUCUAGAACAUUCCAUCAUAAAGUAGUGAGUAGUUUGCUUGUCUCUUCAGGAAUUUGUUUGUUCGUAAAUUGUAUUGGCAUCAGCAGACCUGUCAGAGCUUUCAUUCAUGUGGUUCCAUGUGUCAUGUAGAUAUACCUGUCUCCGUUUUGAUCCCACAGGGCAGUACCGUUUAAAGACAUCUCGGUAUUGUUUCAGUUUUUGCUAAAUGACUAUAUAGGAUAUAAAAUUAGAGUCAGGCUGCCUUAUAACGAAUAACCUAAUAAAUGUGUAUCAACACCAUCAGGACGUUCGUUACCAGACAGCAAAUUCUUUAAGAAGUUUGUUGAGAGAUUGUAUUUUAAUUUAUCUACCCCUUGAUCCAUUAUCUGAAUCUAACAAAAUGUUUGUAACUAUAUUUAGGUCCAUCAUAUUUUCCAUUGAUACAUCAUCAAAGACAUUGUAUAUCACUGGAACGCUUAUUUUGAAGUAUGAUACCCUUACACUAACAAUAUAAAUGUGCACAUGCAUUUUCUCACUGAUACAUGUUGUAUUUUGUUGGAUUAAUAUCCUUCUUCUGCCUAUAAUUGCAGAGAUGGGCGUCGACUUUUGUACCAUGCACAUUGCUAGGAUAAUGUAAACUUUUAAGGUUUUUCUUUCUGAAGUUUGAAGAUAAUCAUCCUCCCAUGACAAUG